GGAAGAGGCGUGGCCUAUGUUUCCCCCUUCGUCCGCAGUGACCUCUGUCCCUUUAAUUUAACGUCGUUAAGGUUUUCGCCGACGUAAAAUCCUCAGGCAGCAGCGUUGUCCCGGCUGUUACCAUUCGCAGUUAGCGUUUCUCCUCCUCGCGCUGCGCUUUUCUGAGAAGAAAAAAUGGCGCUGCUUAUUCCUCUUUUCGCAUUUCUGUAUCAUUUACCGCAGGUUUAUAAAUGGCUGUUGAGGCCGUAUUACGUGGCGUCGUUAUUUAUGUCGCUAGCUUUCCUCAUGGUCCGCAAGACUCCGGGAAUCUGCGAACAUCUUUCCACGCAGAGGGAGGACGGAAACCCCUGCGACUUCGACUGGAGAGAGGUGGAGAUACUGAUGUUUCUCAGUGCUAUAGUCAUGAUGAAAAACAGAAGAGCAAUAACGGUUGAGCAGCAUGUUGGGAACAUCAUCCUCUUCUGUAAAGUGGCCAAUGUGAUCCUGUUCUUCAGACUGGAUAUUCGCAUGGGACUGCUCUACCUGACCCUGUGCAUCGUGUUCCUCAUGACCUGCAAGCCUCCUCUGUACAUGGGCCCCGAGUACAUCAAGUACUUCAGUGAUAAGACCAUAGACGAUGAAUUGGAAAGAGACAACCGUGUGACUUGGAUUGUGGAGUUCUUCGCUAACUGGUCUUCCGAGUGUCAGUCUUUUGCGUCCGUCUAUGCCGAUCUGUCCUUGAAGUACAACUGUGCUGGGCUGAAGUUCGGAAAAGUGGACGUGGGCCGCUACAGCGAAGUCUCUAAGAAGUACAAGGUGAGCACGUCUCCUCUCUCCAAGCAGCUGCCAUCUCUGGUGCUCUUCCAGGGGGGAAAAGAAGUUAUGAGACGCCCCCAAGUGGACAAGAAAGGACGAGCAGUGUCUUGGAGCUUCACUGAGGAGAACAUCAUCAGAGAGUUUAAUUUAAAUGAGCUGUAUCAGAAGUCCAAGAAACUGAAUAAGACAAAAGGAGAGAAGAAUGAGAAGGCCAGCGAGUCGCAGUUCCCCCCGGUGCCUGAGGAGGAGGAACCUGAGGCAGACGUUGCAGAGACGGAAAAAGAGAGCAAGAAGGACAAAUAAGACUAGGAGAUAACACCGGGGCAUCACUGUAGGACUGAUGGGUUUAUGCACACACUGAGUGACGUGCAGUUUCCAGAAGUUGUGUGGAAACAAAAUGAUUUCAUUUUUUCUUUUCUUAAUUUCAGAACCACCAAUAAUCAAAACUCGGAAUCGAAUCGAAAAGUACUGAAUAAUGCCGUUUAAGAACCCUUAAACAGCCACAGCCAUCGUUUCGGGGUUUAAGGAGAGAUUGUGCCGACUCGCCUGCUGUUGACAGUGUUGUUUAUUUUAUUUUAACCAAAUCUACUUUUCAUGCCCUACCUCUAAUGAGCUAAUGAUCGUUCUUGAUUUAAUUUAUAAUUUGUAGGUAGUUCCUUUUGUAUAAUUACUGACUACUGAUGGAAUUCUAAUCUUCAUUCCUACGUUUUCUGUUAGACAUUUAGUAAUUUUGGUAAUUAAGGCAAAUGUAUUUGUCUGAUUAUGUUUUGGCACUCCUUUGGUAAAAAAAACUAAAAAGGUUCAGUGUCAUUACAUUUUUAAUAAUGUUUCUCGGAAGAGGGUGCUGUCAGUCUUGGAACAACAGCUGUGUUAAGGAGAACCAAAGCAUCAAAUGCAGUGUGAUAUUUUUGAAGCCUUGACGUUCUGCUCCAGAGCUCUUUUAUUCUAGUAUCCAUUUGCUAAAGCUGUACAGUCUUAAAUAUUUUUGCUAAUCUAGCUCGAUACCUCCAUCUCUGGUUUACUUAUCUUGUGCAAAGUAGAAGCUUGUGUGAUGUGUUGGCAUUUUUGCAAAAACCAACUCAUUACUGUUCUCUGCUUUCCUUGAGGUCAUCGUGCAGUCAGUGGACUUGCAUACCCAUGCUUAUCUGGGACAUAACUCGUUAGAUUUGCCCACAGAAAGAACUGUAUACUGCAUGCACCCUAGUAAAUGACCAAUUCUGACUUUAUUCCAAACCACAAUUACUGUAUAGUGUUUAACUCGAAUGCAGAUGGAUGUGACUGAAAUUGUGUGCUGUGAGAGGUUUGGGAUGAAUGUCCACAUUCCAAUAAAAAAAAAAAAAAAAAAAGUAAUACA